AUGGCCAGCCCAUUCGCAAAUCACCGGGCUUCCUUUUUACUCGACACCAGUGAUCCUAUCUCAUUGGAAGGUUCAGAUGAUGAUGAAUCCAAUUCUCACAUGAACCGGCGCUCAACUCGAGCCAAACGCUCAAAAUCCACUAUCUCAAACUCACAAAUCCUUGUGGAAACGUUCCGUGAGGUUCACACAUCGUCUCCUAAGAAAGAGCUCCGAAUCACGACCUCCCACAGCGCCCUGAUGGUCAAUACAAGAAGCACGGCGCCCGACCACUCCCUUCUCAAACCGCAUCCAUACCAUUACCAAAAGACCAGAGUCAGUGGAAACGUCUCCAGCCAAGGGUACAAGGUCGCCAGUCAGCGUCUCUGUUCCUCCAGCCGCAGCAUGGAACAACUCAUCAUGCGUGAAGAUAUCAAAGGCCUCGUAGAAUCUUCCGACUUCCAAGCGGCCUUUAAUCGUCCACUUAACCUGAGUCCCAUAUUCGAUGAACCAAACUCACCAGAAAGUGAUGCAGACGCGACUUUCCUGUUCUCACCCAGACAACGGGCCAAAUCAUUACAACCUUAUGCAGCUUCCUCGCGGAUGGAAAGAGGAAUUGAAACCACUUCUUCAAUCGGCUACAACUUGCAGUUACCAUACGAACCUAGAACAUCUCAAUACCGGAAGGCUCCUGAAGAAAAGAGGUUUUCAAAAGAGGAUUACUCCACUUGGAUCAGAUUUGAAAAUCCUAUCGACCUCCUCAGUCCCACGCCUUCUUCCCAAAUGACCUCGCCCUCCGUAUUCAGCAACUACAGCUUCGAAAACGGACCCGAACAGCAGCCCCUAGGUGUUGAGUCUUAUUCGAUGACCCGGGAGGAGACUCAAAGCUACCUCGGCGAUUCGCCCAUCGAAGCACCGGUAUCCAUGUACUCUCACUCCGACCUGGCUACCUCCAGUCAAAACUUUGGCGCACUGUCUUCCGCUGGACUCUUUAUCCCAAACUCGAACCCCAGCCCCCUUCCUCCGUCAUUGGACGUUCCAAAAACUGAAUCAAGCCACCGAUCCCUCCGCAAAAAGAUCUCUCAAAGCUUCAAAGAUGCCUUUGGAAAAUCUGCCCACAAGUGCUGA